GUGAAUGAAGGGGGACCGGGGGCCGUGUUUUCAUCCACCGCCUUUGAAAACCCAGUCGUCCUGACAUCCGGGGAGGACCCCCAGCUGGCCUGACCCGGUCCAGGGCCACAGGGACAGUCAGUGACGUCACGGAGCGCAGAGGGGUGGCAUUCCUUGUCUGCUGCCACUUGGCGGAGAGGGUGGCGGCUGGGGACAAGGAAACUUCGCCUGGCCCGAGGGCUGCAGUGGUGGCAGCAUCUUCGUACCCUGGGGACAGUGGCCUGGGAAUGACACAGUUUAGGGACCACAACUCCUGGCUUUUCUUUUCCUGAGGCUUCUCGGUGCAGCAGGCAUGUACAGAGAGAACGCGUGUCCACCUGUCUCCGGUGUGCGGCCUGGGAGGGAGCGCGCUUCUCCCUUUAAUGUCCUGCUCGCCGACCGAGGCCCUUGGUUUUGUGUUGUUUCUUGAACUGCCUGAAGUGAUGGCUGUCUUCCCGGCUGAGAACCUGCCGCACUUGAAGACGCUCCGGCACCCGUGCCUGCUGAGGUUCCUGUCCUGCUCGGUGGAGGCGGACGGCAUCCAUCUGGUCACCGAGCGCGUGCAGCCGCUGGAGGUGGUCCUGGCAGCGCUGUCCCCCGCCGAGGUCUGCGCCGGCAUCUACGACAUCCUGCUGGCCCUGGUCUUCCUUCACGACCGGGGACACCUGACGCACAACAACGUCUGCGUGUCAUCCGUGUUUGUGAGCGAGGACGGACACUGGAAGCUGGGAGCCAUGGAGACCGUCUGCCGGGUGCCCCAGGCCACCCCGGAGUUCCUGAGGAGCAUCCAGUCCGUCAGAGACCCGGCGUGUGUCCCUCCCGAGGAGACGGCUCCAGAGUUCGCGGCGCUGCCGGAGGCCCACGGACAUGCCCGGGACGCCUACGCGUUCGGGAAGCUGGCGGAGAGGCUGCUCAGGGCCCUCGGCGAGCACGUUUCAGCGGACGCUCUCUGCAGCUUCCGACAGACCCUGCACUCAGCCUUGCUGCAGCCCGCCCCCCAGCGCCGGCCCGCGCUCCGCACCCUCCUGUCCCACGGCUUCUUCAGGAACGAUUUUCUAGAAGUCGUGAAUUUCCUGAAAAGUUUAACAUUGAAGAGUGAAGAGGAAAAGACUGAAUUCUUUAAGUUCCUGCUGGACAGAGUUAGCUGCCUGCCCGAGGAGCUGGUCGCCGCCCGGCUGGUGCCCCUGCUGCUCAACCAGCUGGUGUUCGCAGAGCCGGUGGCCGUUCGGAGUUUCCUUCCUCACCUGCUCGGCCCCAAACAAGACGGGGCGCCCGGAGGGACCCCGUGCCUGCUGUCGCCGGCCCUGUUCCGGGCGCGCGUGGUGCCCGUGUUGCUGCGGCUGUUCGAGGUGCACGAGGAGCACGUGCGCCUGGUGCUGCUGACCCACCUGGAGGCCUACGCCGCGCACUUCACGCGUGAGCAGCUGCGCACCAUCAUCCUGCCCCAGGUGUUGCUGGGCCUACGGGACACUAGCACCUCCAUCGUGGCCGUCACCCUGCACAGCCUGGCCGUGCUGGUCUCCCUGCUUGGACCAGAGGUGGUUGUGGGAGGAGAAAGAACCAAGAUCUUCAAACGCACUGCCCCCGGCUUCACAAAACCCACCGACCUUUCCCCAGAAGGUGACCAGUUUACUCAGACUACAGACUGUCCUGUGAAUGGCCUUUCAGACGUAAAAAGUACCUCCACGGGUGGUGGCGACGUCCCGCCAAGCCCCCAGGCAUCUGAGGAGUGGCCUGACUGGAGUGAGCCUGAGGAGCCGGAGAGCAGAACUGCGAGCACGCGGGCGUGGCCUCCAGGGCCCGGGGAGGCUGCCAGGUCCCUGCUCCAAGAUGAGCAGGCGGCAGCAGGGACCCAGAAUGGCCUGGAACGUGGCAGCCCCGGCCCUGCAGAGAGUCCAGGAGGCAGAACUACAGCCACCCCGGGGGAGCUCCAGGCCCCGCCCACAGUGGUGCCUCUGCUCACAGAGGCGGCUGAGCUUCUGGCAUCCAGCCGACCCCCAAAGACCAGCCCUGCCCCAAGCGUGGACCACCCAGAGCAGGCCAAGCCACCAAAGGGGUCAUCACAGGAAAGGCACCCCCAGGCCCCCUCAGAAUGGGGAUUAGGAGAGGAGUUCACCAUUCAAGUGAAAAAGAAGCCGGGGCAGGACCCCGAGUUGGACUGGUUUGCUGACAUGACCCCCGAGAUCAAGCCUUCAGCCACUGUUCUCAUUCUACCGGAGCUGAGGGCAGGACCGGUGGGCCCCCCUGAAGAUGCCGCCUCCCCGGGGAUGCAGUUUUCCUCCAAGUUCGCUGCGGCAGACACCGCUGAGGCGGAGUCCGAAGGCUGGGGCGAUGCAGGGGAGCUGAACUGGGGAGACGGCAGCUGGUGACAAUGGCUGUGAGUGAAACUCUAGGGAAAAGGGUUCCUUUUUAUAAGAGAAAUCAAACUAAUACCUCAACAGCAGGCUCUGCAGACAAGAACACCCCGCAGGACCCUGUUUUCUCAAGGCGAGGGCUUUUGCGUCUGUGCCAACAGAGGUGCCUCGGGUGGGGGCCCUCCGCUAAGGAGGGGGCAGUGCCUCUAAGGCCAGGCAACCCUGGAAGUGAAGAGCAUAAACGCAGAACUUCGAGCUGAUUAACUCUGUGCCACUUCUGUAGCAGUGAAAAGAAUUGACUCUACUAGGAAUACUGAACAGAAUGUAGCUGUAAAGGGUACAAGUGACUUUAAAUUGCUGAAGUCUCCUCAAGCAGCUUAUUUAUCUGCAGUUUCCCUGAGGGACCUGGGCCAGUAGUGACCGUUCCCACCUGUGGUGUUAUGUGCGCCCAAGUCCUUCCCGGAGACAGACCCUGUGACCCUGCUCUGUAAAUGUCCAAUAAAGAUUAUUUUCUCUAGA